GGUUCACCCCACCCCCAUAGCCACCGAUAUUCUACAAACGUGCUUGCAAUGCAAGAAGAUGGCAGUCAAACAGUCGUUUUCUUACACAGGAGGAAACGCACCGGGGACAUCCGAUGAAUGGGAGUCAAAUUCCAACACAGCGUUUACGGUGCGAGCUGUAGACUGGCUGAGCGAAGUGGAGAGUGAAACUGUGUUCUGGACCUACACAUUGAAUCUGGUUUAUAAUUGAAUGUACACAAAGACGGAGGGGAGUCCCACUUGUGUCGGCUUUUGAAAGUAUACGGAGUUACUGGAAUACAAAAGCGUAUUACAGUCCAUGUUUUAUUCAUCGAUGGGCAAAAACACAUUUUAAACGUUGCGGGCAUGGAAAAUGCGUGCAAGAUUGGGACACGCUGACAGAACAACCUCAGGAUAUAAAAAGUGAAGACCCAUCUGUGGUUAAAGUGAGGAUCCAUCUGUGGUUGGAAAGAAGCAAAACUUUGAUGCUGGAUCCUGCGAUGCCAGAGGAACCCAGUAAAGACACCAUGACAGUGGCAGCAGCCCCAGAAAGAGCUGUCGUGGAGAAGGCCAACAUCAAUGACCACACUCCGACUGUGACUAUAGUAGCUAUCCCUUUGGUCACUGAAAUCCAACUGAAUGCGGCCACAGGUGGUGCAGAACUCUCCUGCUAUCGUUGCACAGUGCCGUUUGGCGUGGUCAUUCUCAUUGCCGGUAUCGUGGUCACUUCUGUGGCCUACAGCUUCAACUCACAUGGGUCCACCAUCUCCUACUUUGGGCUGGUGCUACUAUCUGCUGGACUGGUGCUAUUGGCGCUAAGUGCGGUAUGCUGGAAGAUGAGACUUGAGAGAAAGAAGGAGAGGCGGAGGGAAAGCCAAACUGCACUGGUUGCAAACCAGAGGAGCAUCUUUGCAUGAAGGGAAAGACUGAUCAUCAGGAGAGAAAUAAGUCUGUGAUAUGUUUGGGUGGGAGAGGAAACAGAGGUAGUGAUCAAUUUGAAAGCGGAGUGGAGACAGCUGUAUCCAGAUGUUUUCAUGACUGACCAACGUCUAUGUGGUGAGUCGUUGCCCUGCAAAGCUUUGACCUCAGACUAUCUCUAGGCUAAGCAAGUCAAAACGUCUUAGCUUUCAUGAAGUUGUUGGGUUUUUAAUCUGUCAAACAGACUGGUCACAUCUGGGAAGCUGGGCAGACAGCCAAACUGAAUGUAUCAAAAUUAAGACAAAUUACCACUGUACAAAGCAAUGGAGAGGAUGUUUCCCAUUAAUCUACUGUUGCAUCUGGUGUCUUAGAUUUACUGGGAGGGAUAGUGGUCUGAAAGGAGGGGGACAUGGGAAAAUCCAGAACAAUGAAUCAUGUUUCAUUUACCAUGUUUUAGGCAUAACAUCUCUCAUAAAGUCUGAUUGUUCCUUUUCAUUUCACGCAGAAUUAUGUUCAAUUACCUGACAUGGGAAUAUGGUACUUACAGUGAGGGGGGAAAGUAUUUGAUCCCCUGCUGAUUUUGUAUGUUUUCCCACUGACAAAGAAAUGAUCAGUCUAUAAUUUUAAUGGUAGGUUUAUGUGAACUGUGAGAGACAGAAUAACAACAAAAAAAUCUAGAAA